AUGGCCAGUUACGCACAGUAUAUCAUUUCCUCGGGCUGGAGCUUCAAGGACAGUGAAGAUCAGUCUCCUGAAGCUUGGUUGCCAGUCUCUACUGUCCCCUCUGUUGUCCAGCAAGAUUUACAGGCAAACGGCAAACUGAAGGAUCCAUUCAUCGGCUUCAACGAAUUGAGCGCAAGAUGGGUCAAUGAGAAGUCGUGGACCUACCGGAAUGUCUUUCAAAAACCAACUAUCCCUGCCGGAUCCUCAAUCUUCAUAGUCUUUGAUGGACUGGAUACUUUUGCCAAGGUCAAGCUCGACGGUCGAGUGAUUUUGGAGAGCGACAACAUGUUCCUUGCCCAUAGGGUAGAUGUAACUGAAGCGUUGGAUACGGAAGGAGAUCAUACCAUUGAGAUUGAAUUCGAUUGUGCACUGCUUCGAGCUCGGGAGCUCCGAAACCAGUAUCCGGACCAUGAAUGGGUCGGCUUCAAUGGAGACCCUGCGAGGCUGAGCGUCAGAAAAGCCCAGUAUCAUUGGGGAUGGGACUGGGGCCCAGUGCUGAUGACGGCAGGUAUCUGGAAAGAAGUUCGCCUUGAAGUUUACUCCACGAGAAUUUCAGAUCUCUGGACAGAGGUGGACCUGGACGACGGUCAUUCGAAUGCGCACAUUACUGCCACUGCAGAAGUUGAAACCAGCGACACCAACAAUUCGUAUACAGCGACUUUCACGCUGAGCCUUCAAGGCCAGGAAAUCGGGACAGAGGUGGUUUCCUUGGAAGGGGAUGUGGCAAAGACGACGUUCGACGUGCAGGAUCCUUCUCUGUGGUGGCCGAAUGGUUACGGAGACCAAACUUUAUAUGAUAUUUCGGUUUCUCUAAAAAGAGACGAAGGGCAAAUCCAUCAAGUCGCGAAGAAGUUCGGGAUUCGGACUGCGGAAGUCAUUCAGCAGCCAGACAAGCAUGGAAAAUCGUUUUUCUUCCGCAUCAAUGGCGUGGACAUCUUCUGCGGCGGUGCAUGCUGGAUUCCUGCCGAUAGCCUCUUGACGAACAUCACGUCGGAUCGUUACCGGAAAUGGAUUGAGUUGAUGGCUGCCGGCCAUCAAGUCAUGAUUCGGGUUUGGGGUGGAGGCAUCUACGAGGAUGAGAGCUUCUACCAAGCCUGUGACGAGGUCGGCAUCAUGGUAUGGCAAGAUUUCAUGUUCGGCUGCGGUAACUAUCCGACUUGGCCUGAGUUACUCGAGUCGAUUGAGAAAGAGGCCGAAUACAACCUGCGCCGCCUGCGUCACCAUCCCUCCAUCGUUAUCUGGGUCGGAAACAACGAGGACUACCAGGUACAAGAACAACGAGGUCUCACCUACAACUACGAAGACAAGGAUCCGGACAGCUGGCUGAAGACGGACUUCCCGGCUCGCUACAUCUACGAGCACAUAUUGCCACGGGCUGUCAAGAAAAUAAUACCGUCGAUAUACUACCAUCCUGGCAGCCCUUGGGGCGACGGCAAAAUCACCUCUGACCCAACAGUUGGCGACAUGCACCAGUGGAAUGUAUGGCAUGGGACGCAGGAAAAAUACCAAAUAUUCGAUACUCUUGGAGGCCGUUUCAACAGCGAGUUCGGAAUGGAAGCAUUCCCUCACAUUGCCACGAUUGACCACUUUGUCGAGAACGAAGCCGACAAAUACCCCCAAUCGCACGUUCUGGACUUCCACAACAAAGCGGAUGGCCACGAACGAAGGAUUGCCACGUACCUGGUGGAGAAUCUACGGACAGCAACAGACCUGGAGACCUAUGUUUACCUCACGCAAGUCGUCCAAGCUGAAACAAUGAUGUUCGGGUACCGCGGAUGGCGUCGCCAGUGGGGAGAUGAAAGACAUUGCGGAGGCGCUCUACUUUGGCAGUUGAACGAUUGCUGGCCCACCAUCUCCUGGGCCAUCGUGGAUUACUUCUUGCGCCCUAAGCCCGCGUUCUAUGCCGUUAGCCGCGUCUUGAAGCCAGUCGCCAUCGGCGUACGUCGAGAGCACCACGACUGGAGUGUAUCCCACGCAGUACCACCGAAAGCCAGCAAGUACGAGCUAUGGGUCGUCAGCAGCUUGCGCAAAGAACAAACUGGGCAAGUGGAAUUAAGGUUUAUCUCGAUCAAGACUGGUCUUGAGAUCCGUGAGGCCGUCGUCCAUGAGGACGUGACAAUUGCACCCAACGGUACCACUAACAUCUUGGACGGCGUAAUUGAUAAUGAAGUCGAUGAACCACAUGUCCUCGCCGCUAGAGUAUGGAUAGGUGGCGAGCUUGUGGCUCGGGAUGUCGAUUGGCCGCAGCCGUUCAAGUAUCUCGAUCUCUCGGAUCGAGGACUAGUGGUUACCACGAUUUCCGACGUUGAAGACGAGCAGAUACUCGAGUUGAGAACCAGCAAACCAGUCAAGUGUCUAGUUUUUGAGGAGCGAGAGAAUGUCCGUGUCAGUGACAGUGCGAUCGACAUCGUCCCUGGCGAUGACCAGUUCGUUACUGUCAAGGGACUGAAGCCUGGUGAUGCGCCGCUCAAGUACAAAUUCCUUGGGCAGUAA